CUGCAUUUUUAACAACUCUUUCCCUCUCUGACAAGCUUCAGUUUUGUUAGGCAGCCUAGCCUAGCAGCUCAGCUCUUGCAGAGAGUUUGCAGCAGUACUGUGCUGCCAUGGCAGCGUGGGAGCAUCUUCUUCCUCGUCGCCGGUGGUUCUUGCUUUCUUCUCUGCUGCUGGCGGCGGCGGCGGCGGCUCCCGUCGUCCAUGGCUACGGCGGAGGCGGCGGGCUGACAGUCGGUUUCUACAAGGAGUCAUGCCCGCAGGCGGAGGCGAUAGUGCGCGAGGUGGUCGCUGCGGCUGUCCAUGACGACCCGACCACCACCGCGCCGCUGCUCAGGCUUCACUUCCACGAUUGUUUCGUCCGGGGCUGCGAGGCGUCUGUGCUCAUCAACUCGACGAAGACGAACACGGCGGAGAAGGACGCGAAGCCGAACCACACGCUGGACGCGUUUGGCGUGAUCGACGCCGCCAAGGAGAAGCUGGAGAGGAAGUGCCCCGCCGUCGUCUCCUGCGCCGACAUCCUCGCCAUCGCCGCCAGAGACGCCGUUUCGCUGGCAACGAAGGCGGUGAGGCAAGGGCGGUGGAGCAAGGACGGCAACCUGUACGAGGUGGAGACCGGCCGGCGAGAUGGCCGCGUGUCGAGCGCUAAGGAGGCGGUGACCUACUUGCCCGACUCCUUCGAUGGCAUUCGGAGGCUCAUCACCAGGUUUGCUUCCAAGGGCCUCAGCCUCAAGGAUCUCGCUGUUCUAUCAGGUGCCCACGCGCUGGGUAACACGCACUGCCCGUCGAUCGCGAAGAGGCUGCGCAACUUCACGGCGCACCAGAACACGGACCCGACGCUGGACGCGUCGUACGCCGCGGCGCUGCGGCGGCGGUGCAGGUCGGCGAGGGACAACACGACGCAGCUGGAGAUGGUGCCCGGCAGCUCCACCACGUUCGACGCCGCCUACUACCGCCUCGUCGCCGAGCGGAGGGGCAUGUUCCACUCCGACGAGGCGCUCCUCCGGAACGACGUCACCAGGGGGCUCGUCCACCAGUACAUGGCCUCGGAGGAGGCCUUCCUCCGGGACUUCGGCGCGUCCAUGGUCAACAUGGGCAGGGUGGGGGUGCUCACCGGCGGCCAGGGGGAGAUCAGGAGGAGAUGCGCCAUUGUUAACUAGCCACGCUAGCUGCAGCUGCUGCUCCUGAGUCCUGAUUUGGUGGCCUUAAUUAUCUCUUAGAGAUUUAAUUUAGGAGUAUUCUAUGCCUCUAUGGUACUACCGUUUAAUUAAUUAGCGGUUUUGUAUGGAAGUCUGGUUUGGGAACGUGUAACACACGUUCCGCAUUGUUUUAGAUCGCAAAGUUCGGAUGUUUAGUCGGAUGGUCUCGGCUGGCCUGAAAUCUGUGUGAAACAAAUUAUGGCCAAUGAAGCAUUUACUGAAAUUGUAAGUGUGCAAAUCAAACUAAAACUUCCUUUUUUUAUUCUUAAACUUCUAAAUUUUUGUAGCUGCUAUUAUAGA